UCAAGCGCACGGAGCAACAUGGAAUUCGAUCUGCGAGAAUAUUUUCGGGCGGCGUUUGAGGAUAAAUUGCUGGUGAAGAUGCCAGAUCGGGAAGAUGAUUUCUUGACUCCAGCUACGCGACUGUUGGAGAAGAGGAGAGAGAUGGCAGAAGUUGAACAAGCUCUAAACAGCCAGAAGGAGGAGUUCCAGAUGAAGACGGAGAGCCUGCAGCAACGUCGCACUGAGCUGGAACACAAGGAAGAGAAGCUGAAGGAUUCUUUGUUCAAAUUUGAUAAGUUCCUGAAGGAGAAUGACUCAAAAAGGAAGCGCGCAAUGCGCAAGGCAGGCGAGGAACGUCAACUGGCCGCACAGAAGGAGCUAGAAGCGAUGAAGCUGCAGAAAGAGAAUGCGCAGUUGCUGUCCAAAAAGAAGGCUCUGCAGCAGCGUCAGGAGAAGAACAGCAUAUACCAGCGCUACCUACAGACCGUGUUAGAGAAGACAGAUGAGUUCCAAGAAGUGCAGGAGAUGAUAGAUCGGUUCAACACAUUAAUGGCAACGCAGACAAAGCUUCUGCAGAGGGACUUGAAGAACCAGGAGAAGACUGAACAAGAGAGAGCGCGCUUGUCGCGCUACCAGGAGGAGGCGCGCAGCCACAUCUUGGAGCAAAAUAACCAGUUGGCAGAGCUCCAGGGAAAGCUGGAGAAGGCACAGGCCCUUGUUCUUCAGUGGGAAUCCCGCUGGGCACAGAUACAGAACACUGCAGCGAAGAAUACACUACAGCUGGGACGCAUCAGAAUGGCGACACUAAAUCUAUUCCAGACCAUCACCAAACAAAUGCACAUCAGAACAGAUCUUUCAGUGGAGGAUACAGAUGAACAGCUUGAGAAAAUUAAGAUCUGCUUUAUGGAUCUUGACGCUAUAUACAAGGAUCUGAAGAAGGCUGACAUAGUGCCACCGACUCCAGCUGUAACUACAGCCAACUAACUCUCCAUCUCACCUUUACUGCAGAUCUAGCGUAUGUCACUGACCACUUCUCAAAUCUUAUUGACUUCAAUAAAAACGAUAUAGUUGCCGAGAUCAGUCCUGUCUGUACAUUGUAACCCAAUGUAAAUAAAGUGGUAUUAAACUAUGGUACCUAAAGGCUAUAA